AUUUAUAAACGAGCCUUAAAUAUCGUUAUGAUAAACGCCAUUUUGUUAAUAGUUUUAUAGAGCGUGGUGUUGGAUAAACGUUCGCUGUCAAUUAAAAUUAAUUUGUGAAUCUUUUCAAUUUAUAGACCAGCAAAGUUACUAAAACCAUGUCUAAUGGAAGUGGAGAUCAUGAUGACGAAGGUUAUGUUGUUAAAUUACGUGGACUUCCAUGGUCAACUACUGUUGAUGAAAUCAUGAAAUUCUUUAGCGAUUGUUCUAUUACAAAUGGUAAAAAUGGAGUUCAUAUGACAAUGUCACGAGAAGGACGUCCAAGUGGAGAGGCUUAUGUAGAAAUGGAUACACUUGAAGAUAUUGAGAAAGCUUGCAAACGAGAUAGAGAUCACAUGGGACAUCGUUAUAUAGAGGUUUUUAAAGCAAAAAGAGGUGAAAUGGAGUGGGUAGUCAAAAGAAGUGGUAUGAACCUAGAAAAUGCUAUGGAUGAUGGUUGUGUGAGAUUACGUGGUCUACCAUUUGGCUGUUCCAAAGAAGAGAUUGCACAAUUUUUCUCAGGGUUGGAGAUAUUGCCGAACGGGAUUUCACUACCGACAGACUACACGGGCCGCAGUACUGGGGAGGCUUACGUUCAAUUUGUUAACAAAGAUGUUGCGGAGCGCGCUCUGCAGAAACACAAGGAAAAGAUAGGACACAGAUACAUCGAAAUCUUCCGAAGCAGUUUAUCUGAAGUACGUGCUAGUAUUGGUCCAAAAAUGCGAGGACCAAUGGGAGGUUUCAAUCAGAGACCUGCUCCUUAUGACCGUGGUUCCCGUUUCGGAGGAAUGAAUCGUUUCAGCAAUAAUAGUAGAGGUUCUAGAAAUAGAGAUUUUGAUGGUGGUCCAUGGGGAAGUGGUAAUAAUUUUGAUUCACGCGGAGGAAGUAUGGGAAUGAGAGGAGGUUUGGAUAUGAAAGGUGGAAAUUUCAGAGGUAGCGGCGAUACAUGGGGUAGUAAUUCCGGUAUUCAUAGUAUACACAUGCGUGGUUUACCAUUUAAAGCUACCGAACAAGAUAUUGCUGAUUUCUUUAGACCUAUUGAACCAGUAAAUGUACGAAUUAUUCUUGAAAAUGGUGGACGUCCUUCUGGAGAAGCUGAUGUGGAAUUUGCAACUCACGAAGAGGCUGUUAAAGCCAUGUCCAAGGAUAAAAGUCAUAUGUCACAUAGAUAUAUUGAAUUAUUUUUAAAUUCAACUGGUGGUUCAAGUGGAAUGUCAUUAGGUGGCAUUGGAAAUUUCUGUGGAGGUUUAGGUAACAACUUCAGGCCAGGAUAUUCUCCAAAUAGAGGCUUCAGUUCUCAAUUAGGAGGAAGUAAUUAUAAUAGUUUUUGAGGCCGGAUGUCGCGUUUUCUACGCUAUCGAAGAUAAAACAUUUCGUAAAUCAAAUAUUUAAUAUACUGAAUUAUAAUUACAUAAAAUUUCGUUUUCGCAUCGUAUUCAAUCGGAGAUUGAUUACUAUUGUUUCAUUAUAUUUUACAAAUUACAUACAUAAAGUUUGUUUUAUUUUUUAA